UUUUUUCUCCAUCCACUAUGGUGAAACGAAGCUCAUACAAGAGUAACAGUUCGGAUAACCCCGAUCGUGUGCGUAAGAACUCGAAUAUGCGUGAUCGGUCCACCAUCAACCGAAUGCAUAUGUAUCGAGAGGGAAAGGCGAAAUACGACCGCGAUGGAAAGGUAAUCGGCGGUUAUUUGCGGAGCACGACCAAAACAGCAAACAAGGAAAUAGAGGGACCUGCUCGCAUUGCCCCCAACAGAAAGUGGUUUGGAAACACGCGAACAAUUACUCCAGAGAAGUUGGACACGUUUCGUGAAGAGAUGGCGAAAACAGUAAAUGACCCGUAUUCUGUGGUUUUAAAGACGAAAGUUCUUCCUAUGAGUUUGAUCACCGAUUCUUCCAAAGUGGAGCGGAUGAAUUUACUCACGACGGAGUCGUUCCAGAGUACUUUCGGUCCUGACAAGCGUCGUAAACGUGUGAAAUUGGCGGCAACCGAUCUGGCGAACUUGGUUUCGGAUGUUUCCAAGAAGCAGAAACUGCACGAGGAGAAGCAGGAAGAGAAGCCGCGCUUGAACGACGAGAUCUCGCAAGCGGCCGCGAAAGACAUUUUCCUGACCGCCGGGCAAAGCAAGCGAAUCCACAGCGAGCUGUACAAAGUGCUGGACUCGAGCGAUGUGGUGAUCGAAGUGCUGGACGCACGCGACCCUCUGGGCACGCGUUCGAAGCAAAUCGAGGAGUAUCUGAAGAAGAACAUGCGUCACAAGCACUUAGUGUUCAUUCUGAAUAAAUGCGAUUUGGUUCCCACAUGGUGCACAAAGAAAUGGGUCGCGAUUCUUUCUGCCGAAUAUCCGACGUUGGCUUAUCACGCGUCCUUCCAGCACUGCUUCGGCAAAGCCGCUCUCUUCGAUCUGCUGCGGCAACUCGCGCUGCUCCACAAGGACAAAAAGCAAAUCAGCGUUGGGUUCAUCGGCUAUCCGAACGUCGGGAAGAGCAGCAUCAUCAACACGCUGAAGAAGAAGCAGGUCUGCAAAGUCGCGCCGAUUCCAGGCGAGACCAAAGUGUGGCAAUACAUCACGCUGCUUCGCAAUAUCUACUUGAUCGACUGUCCUGGAAUCGUUCCGCCCACCAACGACUCGGACGCCGAGAUUGUGAUCAAAGGUGUGGUGCGCGCAGAGCGCUUAGCGGACCCGGAGAUGGUGAUUCCGGAGGUUCUGUCGCGUGUGAAGAAGGAGUACUUGCAGAAGACGUACAACAUCGAGGAUUGGGAGGAUUGGGAGGAUUUCUUGGAGAAGAUCGCGCAGAAGUUCGGGAAAUUGCUGAAGGGCGGAGACGGCGAUACGAAGCAGGCCGCGGUGAUGCUGAUCAAUGAUUUGCAGAGAGGAAAGAUUCCGUAUUUUGUGCCUCCGGAGGAACCGGAGAAAGAGGGGAAACCGGGGAAACCGGAGGAGGAGGAAGAGGAGAAUGGAACGAUAACGGAAGCGUUUGUGGAUGAAUUGAAUAAAGAAGGAACGAAAUUGCUGGCAAAGGAAGAGUCGAAUGAAAAGGAAAAGGAAAAGGAUACGAAAUCCAAUGCCAAAUCCAAAGCGAAGGGAGCCGAGAAAGGAAAGCGAAAGGAAAGCGAAGCAGCAAACGAUUCCACGAAUGAAAGCAGCCGAAACGAUCGCGAAGACGCGAUUCUGUUAACUCUCUAA